AUGUCGCAACACGCCUUGUCCGACCAGCAGGUCGACAAUGAGCUCCGCAAGAUGACGGCGUUCAUCAAGCAGGAGGCGAUGGAGAAGGCCCGCGAGAUUGAGAUCAAGGCCAACGAGGAGUUUGAGAUUGAAAAGUCCAAGCUCGUCCGCCAGGAGACCGACGCCAUCGACAGCCAAUACGAGAAGAAGUUCAAGCAGGCCACCAUGUCGCAGCAAAUCACACGCUCCACCGUCUCCAACAAGACGCGUCUCAAGGUCCUGUCCGCCCGCCAGGAACUUCUCGACAACAUCUUUGAGGACGCCCAGAAGAAGCUCACCGACGGCGCCAAGGACAAGGGCAAGUACCAGAAGGCGCUCAAGGGGCUGAUCCUCGAGGGGUUCUACGCGCUCAACGAGCCGGAGCUGCAGGUCCGCGCACGCAAGCAGGACUACGACGUCGUCAAGAAGGCCAUUACCGAGGCCGAGCAAGAGUACAAGAAGAAGGUGGGCAAGGACAUCAAGGGCUCCAUUAAUGAGGAGCAGCCUCUCCCCGAAGGAUCCGCUGGUGGCGUAUGGGUCGUUGGCGGCGACGGAAAGAUCGACAUCAACAACACCUUUGAGGCCCGUCUGGAGCUCCUCAAGACGUCGGCGGCGCCGGCCGUGCGUGAGGCGCUGUUUGGCAAGAACGAGAACCGCAAAUUCGUCGACUAG